AUGCAGGAGUAUGGAGACGCUACUUUGGCAGCUGAAAUUCUGUGUCGUCUGUAUGAAACUCAAAGGCAUCUUGAUAUGACACAGAUCGAACUUCUUAGCAAAAUAGUUAAGGAUCCUACUGAUAAAGUGUGUUGUGAUAUAUUCUCGCACACCAACCCAUCGCUACAGAAGGAUUUGACAUUAUCUUACUUCAACCAGAUGUCCGAUGAGCUGGGAAGAGCGGAAAGCAUUAUUUUUCUACUGAAUCUUAAAGACGUAGUCUUUUACCCUCAGGUUCUACCCGUACUUUUGGCACUGGUUUAUCAAAGCCUCAUAGACGGUGAGCUCUCCAUGCAUAAGAGUAACCGAAUCUCAACCAGCAGUGGUAUAAUGUGCCAUUCAUCACCCGCAGAUAACUAUGGAUCGUUAAUAAAGAAUGAGAAUGUUGACGAGGGUGAAGAGGGAGAGGUAAUGGGAUGUGAUGACGAGGACGAGUUUGCGGAUGAGCUUGACAAUCCAACUCCCGAGAUCGGAGAUAACUCUUGGACUGAUAUAUCUAGUUCAAUCCUCAAUGUUUAUCGUUUCAAGAUAACUUAUGAAUUACUUCCACUAGCGUACAAGGCUAGUUCUUCCUCGAAAAUGGAUAAAAACGUCGUGUACAAGAUUUCGGUAACUUCAAUCAAUUUUCUGGUUACAUACAUAACACAUGUCCCAGCGAACCCAUCUAUCGAAGGAUUAGAAAAAAACGAGCUAUUAGCCAAGAAAGAUCCAAAAAAUUACAUGACAGACUGUUUAAAAAUGAUAGGGCAUUUAUUACAAUGGCCUAUUGCUACGUUCGACUUUACAUCUAGUAAAACUGCAUCCUAUCUUGUUCAGCAGACUAGAAAUUUGUUUCGGGAGGCCAAAUCUUCAUUUGAUAGUGUGUCAACAAAAAAAGACUCGCGAUCUGGUCGUAAACUGUCUUCGUUCUCUUUAAGUCAUAAGUCUCAUGCCAUAGUUUUUCAGGCUCUGUGUAUGUUUUGGUACACAUUUGUUGAUUUAAGUGCAGCUUAUUUGCACAAAGUUCACAACAGGAUAUUUGAAGGUAGUGUAGAAAAUAGCACUUCACCUAGAGUUUUAUACUUGCCUAUCAACCUAGAUAUUCUAUUCAACUCAACUUCUCAUAAAAAUGUUUCUUUUGAAAAUGAAGAGAUGACUCUCUUAAAGCACACACAUGAAGUCUGGAGUCUUCGUGAAUAUACUUCUGCCUCAUACUCAUUUGGCAGCAAGGAAAUAGAUUCGUUGGAUAAUGUCCAUCCUCACUCAAAUAAUUCAUCCGAAUUCAACCAAGAAACACUGUUUGAGCAAAUUAUUCGUUUCCACUUUGCCAUUAGUGGCCUGAAUAAUAAUUCGCAGGAAAUAAUAUGGGCUUGUAAUUUUGUGAAAAAACUCAGUGACCAGUUGAAGUCAGUUUCUCUUACAUCCCCUAACUAUAACUUAUAUAAUAAUGCAGAACUUAAGCUUAUAUCCUGGGUUCUUCAGAUGCUUUUGUUAUCUCAUGACCAUGAUAAAUUUAAGGUCGUGGUGAAGUCAGAAGCAUGUAAUGGGUUGUGGGAUCAAUUCCUUCAAGAUUUCAAAUCGCUGUCAUUACUUUUUAACCAGAGUAAAGAUGAGAAGAUUUGCAUCCAAAACAUUUGUCCUCUCGUACCAUUCACUCGUCAGUGUAUAGUUUUUAUCGUGUCAAAAACAUUAGCAAAUUACCUGUGUUCUAUUUCUCGACGAACAACAAACCCGACUCUUGCUGUCGAUUCCGCUUGCUUGGCAUGUAUACUUUGUCAAGUCGAUGGAAAGUUUGGUGAUAUUUCUCAUCCGGCCGCUCAGUGGCCAUCUCUGUCCCCAUACCUCUCGGAAGUAAUACAAACUCAUUGGGUUGAUAUACGAGAUCGUUUUUUAAAGUGGAUCAUAUCUCCCCAUACAUUCAUUUUCGACGUUGACCUGUUGAACACUAUUUUCCGAUUGGAAUCCAACGCUGGGACUGGUAUUAAUUGGUCAAAUCGUGAUACCUUUUUAUCGCGUUGCACAAACCUCGUUCAGUCCAAACCACCUGAUGCAGUUGAUUCAGUUCUUGAGUUCAUUCAUUUGGAAUCUUCGAAUAUUUCGAUUUGCUUAGCAUCACUUCAAUUAUAA